AUGGCUUGUUCCUCUCCUACACCAACAUGGAAGACAACCACCACCACCACUACUAGUACAGUAACAACAAGAAAAGACUCUGCUUUUCUAAUUUCAGGCUCCUUUCUCUUCUUUUCCUCCACUGUUCAUUAUCCUCAACAAUACAAAAGAUCCAGUUUAAUCACUUUCUCAGUUGACCCUUCAUCUUCUUCUUCGUGCUCCUCAAGUUCUUCUACCCUCCCACUUGUUGUAAACAAGAAAAAAUCUUUAAAACAUGCAAAAACCUAUGAUGGGACUUUCUUGUUUGUUUUCUCUGAUGAUGAUGAGGAGGAGGAGGAGGAGGAAGAGGAAGAGGAAGAGGAAGAGGAGGGUAAGACAGAGAGCAUCAGUAAAAAGAGUGACCAUGUUGGAUUAGUAUCAUCCAACGUUAAGAAGCAGCCGUGGAGAAAGGUUUUGUUUGCAUCUGACAAGAUCAACAGUAUUCUCUUGCUCAAUGUCAUCACCAUCGUCUAUGCAAGUAAUAUCCCGGUUGUGAAAGCAGUUGAAGAAAUGAUGGAUGCUGCUGCCUUCUCAGCUGUACGGUUUGUUGUGUCAGCCAUCCCUUUUUUGCCGUUUGUAUUUCGAGCAAGAGAUGAUGUUCAGACCCGCAAUGCAGGGAUGGAGUUGGGAUUGUGGGUCAGUUUAGGUUACCUCAUUGAGGCACUUGGACUACUUACAGCUGAGGCUGGACGUGCAUCAUUCAUUUCUUUGUUAACUGUUAUUGUGGUACCUUUGCUUGAUGGUAUGUUAGGAGCGUAUAUACCUGCUCGUACAUGGUUUGGAGUUCUCAUGUCUGCCAUAGGAGUUGGGAUGCUCGAGUGCAGUGGAUCUCCUCCAAAUGUUGGAGAUCUUUUGAAUUUUCUAAGUGCAAUAUUUUUUGGAAUUCAUAUGCUCCGAACUGAACAUUUCUCAAGAAGCACAAAGAAAGAGAACUUCUUGCCGCUUCUUGGAUAUGAGGUAUGUGUUGUUGCUCUGUUAUCUACAAUGUGGGUCUUGAUUGGAGGAUGGUUUGAUGGCAACCAAGAGCUUGACCAAUCAUCAUGGACAUGGGAAAUGCUAUGUGAUUGGUUUGUUGCCUUUCCGUGGAUACCUGCUCUUUAUACUGGUGUAUUCUCAACUGGAUUAUGCUUAUGGGUAGAGCCACAACAUUUAUUCAUACAGAUUGCUGCCAUGCGUGAUGUUUCAGCAACCGAAACAGCCAUAAUUUAUGGGCUCGAGCCACUAUGGGGUGCUGGUUUUGCUUGGUUUCUCCUCGGUGAAAGGUGGGGAACAGCUGGUUGGAUCGGGGCUGGUCUUGUGCUUGGUGGAAGCUUGAUGGUGCAGAUAUUUGGAGCCUCAACUCCCCAUAAAUCUUUAAAGUCUGAAGAGAAGAAAAGGAAAGGUGAUCUCCUGCUUUUGGACAAGCAAAAAACACGGGGUAGUCUCUCAACUUCUCCAGUUGUUGUCAGAUCUGGGAAGGACAUAAUUGACAUGUUGAAAUGA